AUGGGUAGUCAACAAGAUGACUCUGUGCUGGCAGUGAGAAGGACACAAAGAAGCUGCAGGAGAACAAAGGUUCAAGAGGCUGUUGUUUUCAGUUUUGCAGAAGAAACACAAGUAGUAAACAGGAUGAGAAAGCUGUUUGCAGAAGAUGGUUUUCAACAAGCCAUUGUUGAAGUUUAUUGUGAUUCUAAGAGUGAGUCUACUCUGGUCAAGAUCAUAGUAUGCUUAAGAAGAUUAAAGGGGGUUGAUACCAGCAGGCAAGUCAUAGGAGAAAUGAUUGCAGAGUUGGUAUUCAAGGUUGUUAGGAGUGAAAAAGCUUAUCAAGCUGAGAAUAUCACUAAAGUGACAACAGGGAGAAUGCUUCAAGCAGAUAAGGAGCUUUUCAAAGAUGGUUUGGUUUUUGAUGAUGAUGAUGAUGAUCAAGAAUUUGACAUUAUCAAGGAUUUUGGUUGUUGA